AUGGCGUCAACAUCACAAGUACCUGAUCAAAUUUCUCUCUAUGAAGAACAAGAAGAUCCUGAUAUUGUGGUUAGUUUACUAAAUUUUCUGAAGUUAAUGUUAUUCUGAUUUCAAGGUUCCUUUGGAUUACAUUAUUCAACGAACUCACGUUGUUCUCGAUGAUAUUCCAAUCGAUGAAGAAAGUUUAUAUACACUCUCGAAAGCCGUCGAAUUUUUCACUAGAUAUUUAAUGCAAGUUGGCUCAAUCAACAAAACCAGUGAAAUAACUUAUGACUCGAUUGCUGAAGUUAUUAAUUUGUCACAAAUUACAACUCUCAAAGGUGAGAACUUACUGUUUCAAUUGUUAUUCAUCCAAUCAAUUACAGAUUUUUUUCCACGUCGUCAAUUUUAUGGUCAUAUCGCUGCCAAAGUUGCUGAAGCCGAGGUACAAGAACAGCAAAAUCAACAACAACAAGAGCAUAAUCAUGAGCAAAGAGAUGAAUAA